ACUCACAAUAGCGCAAUGUUUGCGAUCAUUGACAUUCGGAGAAGGAUGGAAGCGAGCACGCUCAUUUGAUUAGGACCACUCCGUGCUUUAAAGCAUGGAAUUGAGCUUUGACAGAACCCUCCUGAUCACAUCGCGCCUCCACCCACCUUGACCCUGCUGAAAAAUUUGGCCUUUUACUUAUAUCCCAAGAUGGACGCCGUGGAAGAGCUUCUCGACUGGGCCAGGAGCAAGGGUAUUGAGUUCAAUGGCUUAAUUCCGAAACGCCUUCCUGGGCGCGGUGUUGGUGUCAUCGCAACCCGUCCAAUCAAGCCUGAUGAGGUAAUCCUCGAGGUUCCUACGUCCUGCCUCCGAAGUAUCGACACUGUUCCCACAGCUGUUCGUUCUAAGCUUCCAAAGGACAUAUCAGUGCACGGUCUGCUGGCUGCAGAUCUAGCGCUAGAUACUUCAGACAAGUACAGCAUCUGGAACGCGGUUUGCCCUCGUCCAGAAGAUUUCACGUCCAUGCCUCUGCUCUGGCCUGUUCCUUUGCAAUCCUUGCUCCCAGGCCCGGCAAAGAAGCUUCUCUCCAAGCAGCAAGUAAAGUUGGCCAAGGAGUGGGUAGCUGUUAAUGCUGCUUUCCCUGACCUGAAUCGGGACAGAUUUACGUACGGCUGGCUUCUGGCAAACACGCGAACGUUCUAUUAUCUGAACCCGAGCCUGAAGAGAAGGAGGAAGGAAGACCGCAUGGUGCUCCAGCCUGUUGCGGACUUGUUCAAUCACGCUGAUGAGGGUUGCAACGUUAAUUUUGAUGCCCAGUCUUUUAUAGUCCGCGCGCACAAGUCGUAUGAAAUGGGCGAGGAGAUCAGGAUUUGCUACGGACGGCAUGGAGGUGAUUUUUUGAUGGUCGAGUACGGUUUUGUCAUGAACCCGAACCAGUGGGAUGAGGUCGGGCUGGACGAAGUGGUCAUGCCACUGCUCAACGACAAGCAGAGGGAGAUGCUAGAUGACCGUGGCUUCCUAGGUAGCUACGUGCUGGACCGAAACCAGGUGUGCUACCGGACACAGGUUGCCAUGAGGACGCUAUGCUGCAACACAAGAGAAUGGGCAAGAUUUGUAGACGGGAUGGAUGAUGGUGACCGCAGUCAGAGGGAUGUCGAUCAGCGAUUGAUUGAGGUGCUGGGAAAAUACAGAUCCUCAAUCUCAGAGACACUGGUCAAUAUCAGAGAGCUACACGAAGGCGAACAAUGUCAAAGAGAAUUGUUGGUGGCACGAUGGAUUCACAUAGACUGCCUCAUCGAAAACACUGUCGAGCGGUUACAGAACGAGAUAGCCUAAGCUCUUGGCGUAUGGAAUAUUCGGGGUUGUGACGUAUAUCAUAACGAUAUUAUUGAUUCCAUUCUCU